UGUUUUAGCCGUAUAAUAUAUAACUAGAGUUUCAUCUUUCUUGCUGAAAAUUUUGAAAUCGUUUUUUUUUUAACAACACCAGUAAUAAUGAGUGCUUUUUAAGAGACGUACGUUCCACCCCCACCCAAUCAUCACGUUAUAUGUUGUGCAUAGGCUGGCAAUGAUUAAACUAGAAGAGCUUGCUAGUUGGAUGUUGUGCAUUUUAUAUGGUUGUUAAAUUUUAAUUGUUUAUAACUUUUUCAAAAUAUUUUUAGGAUUGAUGUAUAUUUUCAUGGGCACAAUAAACUCUAGUCGACUCGACCUGUGGCAUUUAGGAUUUUAGGCGUGUUCAUCUGGCUGUAAAGAUGGCAGAUGAAGAUCCAUUAACUGUAAGCUUGUCAGGCAGCGUAAACUUUCUUGACGAAGAAGCUUCAACCAAAAAAGUUCAAUUUGAACCGAUCAACACAACCAAUACGUCUUCAGAAACAGCUGAUCAUGAUGGGUUGUUUCGAACACAUGAUCUCAUUUCGUCUCCAUCUAUAUCAAUUUUACACGAAGAAAAUCACAGCGAAAGAAGCAAUUCCAUUCCUUAUCUUACAAUUUAUUAUGUCCGUGAUAGUAAACAAACAUUUGUACCGAAUACAAACAUGGUUGCUCAUGUUGUGGAAGUCGAAAGAUCUUCCGUCUUUAAUCACCCGUUUAAUCCAAACCUUUACGUAAUAGAACUUCAUCAUGGUGAAUUUUCAUGGCGAAUCAAGAAGCGCUAUCAUCACUUUCAAAAGUUAGACGCAGACCUUCUUUUCCACCGCGCCAAAAAAGCUGGAGUGCGUCAUUCGGACGAUCCCGGACGACUUUCAUUCGCGCCAGCCAUUCUGCUACACAACAGAGAAGAAAGAAAGAAGGCUGUGGAGACAUACAUUCAGGAUAUAUUAGACAAGAAAGGUUAUCAUAAAAGUCGAAGACUUCAAGAAUUCUUUGAGAUCAGUCGAGUGUCGUUUAUCAGAGACCUUGGAGUAAAACGCAGGGAAGGUGUACUGCUCAAGCGUUCUGGAGGUCAUGUGUCUCCCCAUUUGGCCAGGUGUUGUUGCUGUUUCCCACAAUGUUGUUGUUACGUCUGGAGAAAAAGGUGGUUCGUGAUGAAGGAUUCAUUUAUUGCUUACUUAGAUCCAGGAAAUCAAGAGGUCCGAGGCGUGUUGCUUUUAGAUGAAAAAUUUUCAGUUGAAAUUCCCCCGCAUUUAUCUCGUGGUUUGCUAAUUAGGAAUCGUGAGAGGGAGUUAACUGUAUUUUGUUGGACUCAUCGAAAACAAAGCGAAUGGAUGGCAGAGAUGGUUCGUACUAUGGCCGAUACUGGUUCAAUUUGGACCAAGAAUAAUGCUUUCGAUUCUUAUGCUCCACAAAGACAAAAGAUUCCGGCUCAGUGGUUUGUUGAUGGUGAAGAAUAUUUUUACUCAGUCUCACAAGCUCUUGAAGAAGCUAAAGAAGAAAUAUUCAUCACAGACUGGUGGUUUAGUCCAGAACUGCACAUGGUUCGUCCGUCGACAGAAAAUGAUCAUUGGAGACUGGAUAGGAUAUUACAACGCAAAGCGGAAGCUGGGGUUAUGAUAUAUGUUCUAAUAUAUAAAGAAAUGGAGAUGGCUUUAACAAUAAAAAGUAUCUACAGUAAAACUGCUCUUUUGAAGCUUCAUCCCACUAAUAUAAAGGUAUUACGACACCCUGACCACACCCCCGGAAAAACUGGAAUAUUUUAUUGGGCUCACCACGAAAAAAUAGUUUGCAUUGAUCAAAAAGUUGCUUUUCUUGGAGGGUUGGAUUUGUGUUAUGGUCGUUGGGACAACUGUAGGCAUUUUCUUACAGACUGUGAUUCAGAAUUUGUGCCCAGCACAUAUUCAAAAACGGAAAAGGUAAUAGCAAAUAUCGGAAACAUUUUCAUGACUGCCACAGCGAAUGCAAUACCAAACUUUAGCGAAAUAACAGAGGAAAGGACAAAGACGAAGGAAGCUAAAAUUUCUCGGUCAAGGAAAUUGCUGGGACGAGCACGGCUGUGGACGGGGAAGGAUUAUUCCAAUCCGAUUAUAAAAGAUUUUGUCGAUUUACAUAAACCUGAGCAAGAUAUCAUUGAUAGAAGUAGUACAAACAGAAUGCCUUGGCAUGAUGUUGCUGUCUGUAUCUGGGGCCAAGUCGCAAGAGAUGUUGCCAGACAUUUUAUUCAAAGGUGGAACUUUACCAAGUUAGAGAAAAAGAAAGCAGAUUCAUUCUUCCCUCUACUCCUCCCAAAAACCUAUACCGGUCUUGUUGACGCCGCUCCAGAUGGACUUAAAACUAGCAAUAUCAAUUGUCAGGUACUUCGUUCUGUGGGAGAAUGGUCAGCGGGCUGUCCAAGCGAGUCGUCAAUAUACAAUGCUUACAUUCAUUUGAUAAAAACAUCCAAACAUUACAUUUACAUCGAGAAUCAAUUUUUUAUCACGUCACUUCCUCCUGAUGUUAAGAAUAUCGUCGGAGACGCAUUGGUGGAGCGAAUUACACGUGCACACAAUAAUGGCGAAAACUUCAAGGUUUUCAUUGUUAUGCCUCUCUUGCCGGCGUUUGAAGGUGAAAUUGGUGAUGCUUCAGGAACAUCUAUUUGUGUUAUCACUCAUUGGAACUACAUGUCCUUGUGCAGAGGCGAGACGUCACUUAUAGAGAAACUUCGAAAGAAUGCUGUUGACAAACCUUUUGAUUAUUUGUCUAUCUGCAGUCUACGAAAACAUGAAGAAUUUGGUGCAACUCCUAUUACGGAACUGAUCUAUGUGCACUCGAAAGUCAUGAUUGUGGAUGAUCGUUACACUAUAAUAGGAUCAGCAAAUAUAAACGACCGAAGCUUACUAGGAAAAAGAGAUUCUGAAAUUGCAAUAUUAGCUGAAGACUGCGAGUUUAUCGAAUCAAAGAUGAAUGGAAAAAAGUAUCAAUCUGGUGUUUUUUCAUCCAGCCUUCGGCAUCGAUUAAUGAACGAACAUCUUGGCUUGUUGGAGUCAGUUGAUGAGAAAGACGAUUCUGUGGUAAAAGAUCCAAUUUCAGAAUCAUUUUUUAAGGACGUUUGGUCUGCUAUUGCUGAUGCUAAUACCAGAAUAUAUGAACAGGUGUUUCACGCUCUCCCAUCUGACGCUGUUGAACAUUUUAGCGAGUUACCUCAAUACAAGAAUCUACAAGGCCUCGCAGUCAAGGAUCCUCAACAAGCGCGAAAGGAACUGGAGAAAAUCCAAGGGCAUCUUGUCAAUAUGCCGCUAAAAUUCUUACAAAACUCUGAUUUGAGGCCACCAAGUGGGUCAAAAGAAGCUUUAGUUCCAGUCAAAAUUUUUACGUAGUAAUUGAAAUAUUCUCACAACAUACAAACUUGCAGCAAAGUCAAUUCAGCUAUGUUUCAUGGUAAAAAAAUACGAAGCCUAGAUCGCUAAACCGUUAGUGUUCCCGAGAGUGUUCCAGGUAAUGGGGGGUGCUCCUGAAAAAAUAAACACACAUACUAUGAUAUUGAUGAGAAUUUCAGCGAAACAUAUCGUACAAAUCACAUCAUUGCAUACAUGGGAAUAGUGAAUUGUUUUUUAAAUUGCGAAGUAGCUAUAUUCGUCACACUAUAUAUAGCAUAAGUCGUCAAUAACUGUCCUCAGCGUGUAUGCUUCAUAUUUCUAUCACGCACGAAUUUCAACUAUAGUAAAUGUCAUGCAUGUCCGACAGUCCUUCUUCUAACUAUAUUUUAUAUACCUUGUUUAUCCACGUCACAAUUGAUGCAUGGUUCAGCUUCACCGUAGAUAAUUGUUCAUACAGGAGAUUCUUACUAUGCGGCUACAUCUGUUUUGGGUGUAUGCAUUCCAUUUUAUGUGAAUGAUAUUUCG